AAAAUGUACUACGGAUUUAAAAACGGGAUAUGGACGCAGGUAAUGACAUGUAAGUUUUAAGACGAGAAAUAUGGAACGCCAUGUGAAGUAAUGCGAAAGCGGUCCCCGGAUUGACGACUGUUCCCUAAAGGAGAGUUUUUAGUGACCUGCAAGUGACAUAUACCAUUGCUGUGACGACACAAUGACUAUGCGUAAGGCAUUUUAUCAACCUCCCCCGCAAAAACAAAAAAAAAUACUCAUAAUUAUCUACGUAAUCAACUAAUAACUCGCAUACACAUACGCACAUAUAUAACUCUAUGAAUAUCUUACAGAAUUUACGAUUCAUUAUAACAGUAAUGAUAACGACAAUAGCAACAAGAAGAAAGCAACAACUUCAAUAUCGCUGUAGCCCUCUUAGUGAAGUGUUUAUGAGUGUAAAUAAAUUACAACAAAUAAAAAAAAUAUACACCCACAACAACAACAACAAGCAGCCAGUUAGCUACAAUAUCAGCGUUAAGAACCGCACUUCAAUCGGACAAUGCUAGAGAUAAAUAAUUGCAAGACCCACACACAAAUACAUUAAAAAACCAACAACAACCAUCAACAGCAACAAUAAUAACAACCAUAAUAAAUAUGAUGAAAACAAUCAGUACUUGAAAUUGUUGAAUAUUUGUUUGACAAACCGUCUUUUUAAGACGGCAACGCUGCGCAUACAUUUAAUUAGUUGAACGCCAUAAUUCCAGCCGUGCGGAUGAGUUGCGCCUCAUAUGUGUGCCUGAGUACUGUCAAAACGAAAUCAUACCACAGUUAACGGGCUAAAUAGCGGGCAAGUAGAAUUAUCGCGUUUUCUAAAAAAAGUAAAAUAUAGAAAGCAAGAAAUCAGCAUACGAAAAGUGCUUUUGAUUUGGCGAAAGUUAAGCCUGACGCGUUGGCUGCUAGCGUUGCGACUUAUAAGCGGAAUCGAAAAAGAAAAUAUAUAUUUAAAUAUUUUCGAAUAUGUCGGUUUUGUUUUAAAGGGCUAACUCGUUAGCGCGGAAUUAAAAAAUAUACUUAGCGUGAAGUGGUGGGAAUAGUGAAGAUAAAUUUAAGCAAGCUUAAUGCUUAGUUGCGCGUUUAUUUGGUUAUACAAGUAAAAAAAUAUUAAAUUCGAUACGAUUCGUUAUUUGCAAAAUAAAAAAAAAACCUUUGAAAUAACAGUGCUAAAAGCGUUCAGCGAAAAAUUCAUACAACAGCAAUGGCGAAGGGAUUACAUUUGCUGUUAAGCGCAUUGCUCGUGCUGGCCACUGGCAUUGAGCAGAUACAGUGCAACGAAUAUAAUGAAACGUUUCUGGAACAAACCUUCCAUUAUAUUGAAUAUGUACUGCAUCAGCCAUUGGCACGUGAGGACCAGCUUUGUGAAGAGGAUACUACCGGUACACCGUUAGAUGAGUUUCCUGAAUUUUUCACAGUGGAGCAAUUACGUCAAGGCUGGGUCGUGUUGCAUGUCUUUGCCGCCGUCUAUUUCUUCAUAUUGCUCGCCAUUAUUUGCAAUGACUUUUUCCUGCCCACCGUUGAAUGUAUAUGUGAAGAUUUGAAUUUAUCCAAAGAUGUCGCUGCGGCGACUUUUAUGGCCACCGCCACCUCAAUGCCCGAAUUCUUUACGAAUACGAUAAGUACGCUCAUAACGGAUUCGGAUAUGGGCUUGGGCACGAUUAUCGGUUCGCUGAUGUUCAAUACAUUGGGCGUGGCUGCGCUGGGGGCGUUAUGCAUAAAAAAGCCUGUCCAACUCGAUUGGUGGCCUAUAGCGCGUGACUGUGUCAUAUAUAGUUUUAAUACAAUUAUACUCAUUAUACUCGCCUGGGGUGGCUAUGUCAGCUUCGCCGAAUCAUGCAUCAUGAUGGGUUUCCUCAUUUUCUAUUAUUUUCUUACAUUUAACAACAACAAAUUUAUGCCAGCCAUACGUGUUUUCGUAGAGGAUAAGAUGAAUUGCUGCAUAUCGAAGCGAUAUGAUUUUACUGAACCACCAGAGAAUAGUGCCAAGGCGCGUCUGCCACUCAAAAAGGAUCAUCUGGGCGGUGAUGGACUGUUUGUGAUAAAUUUACCCGAUAAUACCUCGACAGUGAAUUUGACGCAUUCCAAAAGUUUUAAUAGCGACGAAAGCGAUGACGUGCCACCGCAACCGCAAAAACUCUUCUCUCUACCACAUGGUGAGACGGCAUUUAGAAAAUUCUGGUGGGCCUUCAUAUUUCCCAUUAAAUUUACACUCACAUUUGUGAUACCCAAUCCCGCUCAUCAUCGUCGCCUCUAUCCACUCUCAUUUGUGAUGUGCAUCAUUGCGAUUGGUCUCAAUGCUUAUAUGAUUGUUUGGAUGUUGACAGCAUUUGGUGUUGCGGUAAAUGUACCUGAAAUAAUUAUGGGACUCACCUUUUUGGCGGCCGGUUCAACUAUGCCCGAAGCGGUUUCCAGUUGUAUUUCACUGCGUAAUGGUGAAAACGGCAUUGGCGUCUCCAACUCGCUGGGCGCUAACUCACUUGCCAUCCUACUCUCGCUGGGCGUGCCAUGGUUUAUUAAAAACUGCAUGAAUUAUGGCAAAACAGAUGGCAGCGCUAUGAUUCAAAUUGCCGCGCAAGGUAUUGAGUUCAACAUUAUCAUUCUGCUGUUCUGCACCUUAGCGCUCUUCCUCAUAUUGAGUUUUAGCGGUUAUCGUCUAACGAAACGCGCGGGCGUAGCAUUGAUCGGCAUCUAUUUAGUUUUUAUUGUGCUGCAGAUUUUGAUUGAGAUGAACGUGUUCUUCCCAAAGCAAUGCUAGUGAGCAAAAUCGAAAAUAGUAAAAAUGGAUGUUUGAAAAGUAGAACGUUGUGAAACUAAUAAUAGUAUUUUCUUGUAUGUUUUUUGUAAAACAAAAAAAUUAAUAAUUUUAUUACGUGAGCUAAUUAAGACUGUUUAGUACUGUAAGUGCGAUGUAUAAAAACACCAAAUCUAUUUAAUUACACAAUGCGAAGCCAAAUUUUAGCUGUUGAAUUUUUAGGUAAUAUCAGUUUUAAGUUUGCCUAUAUUCUUGUACACCGACUUUAACACUAAAGUUAUAUUAUUUUAAGUAGAUUUAUAUAUAAAUAUAUAUAUUUAAUUACAACUCAGCCGAAAAAUUGUGCUAUAGCAAAUUAAUUAGUGCCAGAAGUAGAAAUAGGCGGUUGUGAAAUUGUACGUAGGUACACUGUGUAAAACCGCUUUCAAUGCAAUAAGGCUAUGUAAACUUGUACUUAAUGAAUUUAUACUCAGCUGAGUAAUAAUGUACAUAUAUUACUUUAUUUAUUAUUAUUAAAUUUUUUUAAUUUUGUUGAGUUGAAGAUAAUGUGCAUGUAAUUAAAAUUGCAAUUUAAAUUAAACUUAAGACGUUGAUUAUUGUAAAACAAUUAGAUUUAACCUUGAAACUGCUUUCACCAAAUGCACACACAAGAGACGACAAACAAAUUCAUACUAAAAAUAUAAAAAAUAUAAACAACGAA